GGUGAGUGUACGGGGCUUUGGCGGCAAUCACGAGCUCACUUCUUGUGUUGUUUCACUACGGACUCCCCACACCCAUCCUACCUCACCUCAACAUACCUAGGUUCUCAACGAACGGACUGAAUACAUCGGUGUUGAUUUGAACCUCUAGCUAUUCGAACCUCAUCAUAUCUGUUCCCCAAAUAGCCAUUUCCUCGCCAAAAUACCCAUCUCCUCACGACAAUGGGUGCCAAUCAAUCUACCAUGCCCAUGGACAACGAGAAGCUUAUCGUUGAGCGUCUUCGAGCUAUGCAACUCCAGGACCAGUCGGCCGAUAAGGUUGAUAGCGAGUAUGUACAUGUUGAUGAGAAGGCUGUGGGUAGGAAGACGAGGACUAGAGCUCCUUGGACGACGUUGUCGAUUGAGGGCAUUGUGGGAUGGGAGGAGGAGUUGUUGAGGGAUGAUAAGAAUAAGUUGGUCUUCCCUGUCCAUUUCCUGAUAGCCUUUUACGCCGGAAUGAAGAGGGCUCGAGAUGUAGAAACAGAAAUGGCUGAUCUUCUUCCAGACUUGCACUCUCAGCGUUGAGCUCUGCGGAUCCAAUGAGUGUUCUUACCUCGAGAGCUACGACUAUCAAGGAUCAGCAGAUCUUCUCGGUCAAGAUCCCUUUCGAGGGAGCCCCGAUUACGAAUCAACGAUCCAGUGGAAGGUGUUGGUUAUUUGCUUCUACCAAUGUCUUCCGAGUUGCUUUGAUGAAGAGACAUUCGCUUGAUAAAUUCGAGCUCUCGCAGGCAUACCUCUUCUUCUACGAUAAACUCGAAAAGUCAAACUACUUCCUCGAACAGAUCCUCGAUACCUCGGGCGAGGACCUUGAUAGUCGGUUGGUGCAGACCUUGUUGGGUGAUCCGGUUAGUGAUGGGGGUCAGUGGGAUAUGGUAUAUAAUCUCGUGAAGAAGUAUGGUCUUGUUCCCCAGGUUCUGUACCCGGAUAGCUUUAAUGCUCAAUCUUCUGGUGCUAUCAACCAGUUGAUUACCACCAAGCUUCGAGAGGACGCCUUGAAACUUCGGGCUAUGGCAACAGCUGGUACGAAGAGUAGCAAAGAAGUUGCAGCAGCCAAGGAGAAGAUGGUGAGGGAGAUCCAUCUCAUCCUCACUCUCACCCUUGGUCCUCCUCCCUCUCCCGACAACGAGUUCACAUGGAAUUACUUGGAUAAAUACGGGCAAGCACAGGAGAUCAAGACGACGCCUAUUGCGUUUGCAAAAGAGCUUGAGACUCCAAAGUCGAUCCGUAUUACCAACUCUACCGUCCAUGAUAUGUUUUCCCUCGUCAACGACCCGAGAAAUGAGUACAACACCCUCCUCACCGUCAGCAGACUAGGCAAUAUCGUCGGCGGUCGCGGUAUCACAUAUGUCAACGUCCCCAUGGAAACCAUGAAAGCCGCCUGCAUCAAGAUGCUCAAAGCAGGCCUACCAAUCUUCUUCGGUUCCGAUGUAGGGAAGUACUCCACCUCCUCAUCGGGUAUCAUGGACACCUCUCUCAUCGACUACGAACUCGGUUUCAACAUCCGUCUCGGCAUGAAGAAAGCCCAAAGAUUGAUGACGGGAGAGAGUGCCAUGACCCACGCUAUGGUCUUGACAGCCGUGCAUCUCGAUGAGAGCGGGAAGAGUGUCCGAUGGAGGGUCCAGAAUAGUUGGGGCACGGGCGCGGGCAGUGAUGGGUGGUUUGUCAUGAGCGAUGCGUGGAUGGAUGAGUUUGUUUACCAGGCGGUUGUGGAGCCUAGGUUUGUGGAGAAGAGUGUUAGGGAUGUGCUUAAGUCUGAGCCGAAGGUCUUGCCCAGGUGGGAUCCUCUUGGUGCUUUGGCUUAG